AUGCCAAACACAACAACAUCAUAUAUGCGAUGGUUUUCUGUCAUAAAUAUAUUUACUAAUAUUAUAGCCAGUUGUCAAAUAUUAUUUGGACUUAUUUUUAUAUCAAUUAUACUAUAUAAACGAGCUUAUCGAUCAGUAUCAAAUUGUCUUGCUGCCAACAUAGCUUUUUCAAUCACAUUUUAUGCAAUCACUGUACUUGCAAUUUCAAUUCAUAUUUCGCAAUGUGAUAAUCAUCCUGAUCAAUGCACAGAAGAAAGAUCAUAUAUUAUUCUUAAUUACAUGAAUGAUGUUGCAUCUACGGCUGUCAUUUAUUCCUUCACUGGACAAUCAAUUCAUCAUCUGCUUUCUGCAAUAUUUGCACGUAAUAUUCGUCUUCAAAUGUAUCAAAUACGAUUAAGUCUUUUUAUUAUUCAAUGGAUUGUAGCUUUUCUUUUUCCAUACUAUUUUGUUUAUGUUAAUCCUCAACUUAUAUACAAUACAGUUAGUUAUGUAUGGGUUGUCUCAAAAAAUUUAAGUCCUUUUUUAACUUUAUAUAUAUUAUUGAUUGGAUUUAUUUUACCAGUCAUGAUUAUUAUAAGUGUUUAUAUAAAAUUAACUUUAUUCAUUGCACAAUUGCGAAGAUCUACCGUUUUAACAGGAUUAUCAUCAACAUUAUCAAACCGACAUGAUUUACAGAUGUCUAAAUAUAUUAUUUUGCUAUUGACAAUAGCUGCAUUUAGUUUAUUACCACAAACAAUCUUUCAAAGUAUGAAAUCACCACCAAGUUAUCGAUAUCGUAUUUAUUAUCUGACUGAAACCAUAAUUACAUUUUGUUGUUUUCUGUGUCUGUUUGCUUGUACAUCGCUCGUCAGACGACGAUUGAAUCGAUGGAAAGUGAAAAUUAAACGUGCAUUGGAUUAUCUAAGAGAACGAUCAACUGUUCUUCGGGGAAAUCGCUACUGA